GGAGGAGGAGGAGGAGGAGGCGGUCACAGCCACAACUCGGGAUUUGCGAGCCAGUGUCGGGAUGGGGUCUGUUUCCAACCAGCAGUUUGCAGGUGCGAAGCCGGGCGAGGAACCGGCCGGAGACUCGCCCAAGGCCGAGAACGAAUCUCAGCCUCUGCACGGCUCCGGCAUCUGUAAAUGGUUCAAUGUCCGCAUGGGCUUCGGCUUCCUCUCCAUGACCGCCAAGGGCGGCGCGACCCUGGACUCGCCCGUCGAUGUCUUCGUGCACCAGAGCAAGCUCCACAUGGAGGGUUUCCGCAGCCUGAAGGAGGGCGAAGCUGUUGAGUUCACCUUCAAGAAGUCAUCCAAAGGUUUGGAGUCCAUCCGGGUGACCGGCCCGGGAGGUGUCUUCUGCAUCGGCAGCGAGAGGAGACCCAAGGGCAAGAGCCUCCAGAAACGCAGAUCGAAAGGAGACCGAUGCUACAACUGUGGUGGGCUGGACCACCAUGCCAAAGAGUGCAAGCUCCCGCCGCAGCCCAAGAAAUGCCACUUCUGCCAGAGCAUCAGCCACAUGGUCGCCAACUGCCCCGCGAAAGCACAGCAGUCCCCCAGCUCCCAGGGCAAACCUGCCUACUUCCGAGAGGAGGAGGACAUGCACAGCUCGGCCCUCCUCCCCGAAACCCGGGAAUGAUGGUGGGCGGCAGGGAGAGGGGGCUUCCACCGGGAUGAAAAGGCUUUGGCAAGGCAACGGGCAGCCGCGGGGGCUCGGAGGAUGGACGGCAGGGUGAAAGACUGGGGAGGGAAGGCAGCAGUGCUCAUGGCAGGGACCUGGUGUCCCCGCACAGACCUUUUCCCCCUGUUCCCAGCCUGGGAAAAGCUCUGCCUUUAAUCAGGAUGGCUUGUUCCAAACAUAGGGGAAGCAGGGCCCAACACACCUCUUCCAGCUAAAAAGAACCAAACCCGUAUUUCAUCUGACUUUAUUCUUCUCCUAAAGGAAGCCAGGCAAUAGCGUCUCUGGGAGGAGGAGCAGAGAAGCGACACCUCAGGGAGGAGUUUAUGGCUCCUUGUUCUCCUGAGUUUCAAACAGGCUCUAGCAUGGCUUGGAUGAGCGGCAGGGGACCCACUCCUAUGCCUGCCCCAUCCCGCUCUGCUGCAAGGAGGAAGGCCAAAAGGGGAAGGCUGGCUGCAGAGCACUGGGGAGAUGCUGUGGGCUGGCCCCACGGGUCCCCUCAUAGUUUCUCACUUGCAGAUUGAUCUGGGGAUUUGCAGUUUCUCUGUGGUUGCCCCACUGCUGAAAGCAGCAGAGCCCAGCUUUGGGCUCAGUCUGGAAGGAAAUGGGGCAUCUCUGGGGUCUGGGCUAACGCUGCCUGCUGCGGGCUGCGAGCUGCAGCUUGGGGAAGAUCAAGUCGAAAGAAAAACACUUAUUUUCCCCCUACCUCUUCCUAAGUGCCAGCCCAGAGAGCACAAGGUGGUUUAUGCAGCCAGCUCCUCCCUUCUAAGGCUUCUCCCUGCCUCUGAAAUGCAGAGCUGGGGAGUAGGAGGGCUUCACAGAGCAGAAAUGCUCCUCCCUAAGUGUUGGGCACCAGACAUGGGGCAGAGCCAGCUCCCAGGGAUGCUGCUGGCAGCGUUUCCCUCAGAGGCUGAGGACAGAACUCUCUGCUCACACAGAUCCAGCCAUGGCUUAAACUCACGCAGGGCAAAGCCACGUCUCUGCUCCUCCUGCCCACCCCCUACUCCUGGGCUGAGCCUCCCCAGGGGCAGAGGGAAAAGGUGCCCCGGUUGUUAUCUGCUGCUGUCCCCCCUCCCCACCGCCCCCCCCUAAGUCUUGCCUUUAUUUAUUGCCCCGGUGGACAGCCCCCCUGGUCCAUGUCAAAGCCAACACCAAGUGAAACCUGCACUAGGACGUGCGUGAAUGACGUAUCUUUGGGUUUGUUUGUCGUCUUUGGUGGGUUUUUUUUUUGAUUUUUUUUUUUUAUAUAAAUAUUCUGGUUUUGUAUUUUUGUAUAUUUUAAUCUUUAAGAAAAAAAAAGGGAAAAAGAAAAAAGAAAAAAAGAGAGAGAGAGAAAGGACAUAAUUCCUGCAAGUUAUUCUCAGGUAUUGAAGCAAUCUCAGGGAUAAAAUGCUUCUGUAGCCCAGUGCUGGACAGAGAGGAAGGCUUUUUCUAACAGCACAAAACCAUGACCAAGUUAGUAUUGGAAGUGUAGCUCUACCUCACUGGAUGUUUGCCAGGUGGACUGUCGUUGUCACGCUUUUCAGUGGUGUUUUUUGGUGUGUUUGGGAUUUGUUUUCUUUUUAACUGUGAUUUAAUAAGAGUCUCUUUCCCUUCCCCAUGGACUGAGGAGGAGUUUGGGUCCGUAGAUCAGUGUGUGGGGAUGGAGAAGCCAGGCAGUGCCAUGGGAACAGCUGCUAGAGCCCAUUUUGGCUCCUCAACUCCAGAUUUUCUCCCAGCCUGGUGGCUUUUGAGGACUGUCCUCCAUUUCUCUCUCCUGUUUAUGCUCCAAUGUCCCCUCCCUGCUGUCCCAAUGGGAACACUCCAGUCUGCCCCAUGUCCAAGUCCUCCUAUUGCCUGCGGGCUGGGAUGUUGCACAGGCUCCCAGCAGGCUGGUGCCGUGUGGCUGGGGGCUGGAAAGCCAGGAUGGGGGUCCCAGCCUGUUCAGGGGGACAUGGCAAGAGCAGGCAGUGGCCAGGGAGGUUGUUGGGAUUGAGGAUAACCUCAGUCUCCCCUGCCCUAACUCAGCCUCAGGCAAAAGGCUGCUGUGACCUCCUGGGACAAGGGACCUGGUGCCAAGGUGGACCCAAGUCCAAGGGAGGUACAACUGCUUCUUCUUUCUUCUCCCUUCCUGGCUUCUCCCAAAUGCUGGCUCACAAUGGCUGGGGUAAACUCUGGAUCCCUGGUUUUGGGGCAUUAACACUCCACUUGCAGCCUGGGGGCUGGCUGGAGCCUUCCUGUGCUGGCAUGUCAGGACACGGGUGCUGUUUCUGCUGGGUUUUAGGUAGCAAUAGGUUUAGGUGCAGAGCAGGGCUGGAGCAGACGGGGAGCACCUACUCCAUCCUCACAGAUGGGGCUUGCUGAGGCUGCUGGAGCCCAGUGACCCCUCUGAGGCUUUUCUCUGCCCUGCAGCACACGGAGGAUGGAGAGCAGCUCCUCGGCUGCCUGCCCUGCUCCCGUAGUUGUAAUGGUGAGGUGGUGGUCUCUUCUUGGGAGGGUGUGGGGAAGGACUUUGUAAGUUCUUGACUAGCAACGGGAUCAGUACAAAACUACUUCAGCAAAACAGCUUUUGGCUGAACGGGGUAAAUGCAAUAAGAGUGCACUGGGCUGCGCGUCUAAGCCUUGCACCUCAGCCCUGCUGCCGUGUUGUUGGGGGCUGUUGGCCUUCCCCUGGCACCUCGGUUGUGGCAGGGAAACUGCUGCCGCCCCUCAUUCUGUCUUCAAGAAUCGUGUAGGACCUUCCCCCCCCCCCCCUUGCCCCCUGUUUAAUGGUUUGGUGUUUUUUCUGCUAGAUGUCUAUAGUGUGUGUCAAGACCUCUGUCAAACUUCCCGUUUCUCUCAGUAUUCUCCUUGAUAUUGUUUACAAAAGGCAAGAGGAAAAAAAGAAGAAAAAGGAAAAAAAAAAUAUAUAGCCAAAGCAUCCAAUAGGUUAUGGAUGAGGGAGAGAGGAUGUCCUCUGUGUACUGCCCCCACACAGAGCUGCAAGGGGCAGGAGCUCUGUAACCAUCCCUGUCCUAGGCUGAAGUAAAUGGCUUAGAGAAUCACUCAGGUUUUUCCCCCCCGGAGCCAGCGUGGUACCGGGAUCCAAGAAAACAGGGAGUUUUUUCUGUAACGGGAAGCCCCACUGGAGAAGAUGGGGUUGAGUUACAUCUCCUCCUCGCUCUUCCCAUGGUGGUUCUUCCCGUGUCUUGACAAUAAUGAACUAAAUUGCUGCAUCAUCACCCCCCUCCCCUGCCCACGCUCGGCUCGCAGGCGCUGGGCACUAUGCAUUAGGGGCCAGUGAGGCUGCACACUCAGGGUCCUGCUGGAACACGGGAGCGUUUGAAUGUAUGAUGAGGAGAAGACGUCCCUCACGAGGGGGUGUCCCCGGGUGCGAAAGCCUCGACUCCCACGAUUGUCUACGAGGAGACGGAAGAAUGUAAUAAUCCAUGUUUACUGCUAGCAACCAAAGCGUGUUUGUGUCAGACUCU